AUGGAAAUAAAUAUUGUUCCUGUAGAAGGUAAUACAGCAAGGAAAAAGAUCCGCAAUAAAUCACAAUGGAAACGCAAUGUAAAACGGCGUGAAAGAUCUGCAACUGCAACAAGGAAAUAUGUUCCAUCUGAUUUAAAUAUUAAAAAGAUGUGGAAAAUGUAUCAAACAAAUCAACAAGAUGAAUCUCUUAAGGUAAAAGAAUGUUAUUUUAGAAAUAUAUUUGUAAAACAUUACAAUAUUGGUUUUAAGACUCCAGGCACAGACGUGUGCUCCAAAUGUUUAGAGCUAACGGAAAAACUGAAAGCUGAAAAGAAUGAUGCUGCAAAAGUUCAGCUCAUGACAACGUUACGUAUACAUAAAUUAAAAGCUAAAAUGUUUUAUACAUAUUUACGCGAACAUGAUAAAAAUACAUUCACUAUCUCUUUUGACUGCCAAAAAAAUCAAGUUCUGCCAAAAGUGGCAGACCAAGCUGCCUAUUAUAGCAGGCAGUUAUACAUCUAUAAUUUUACCGUUGUUAUUGGAACAUCAACAAAUAAGUUUCCAAAAGAAAAAGUAAGAAUAUAUACAUGGACCGAAAAUGUUUAUGGAAAAUCAUCUAAUGAGAUAGCAUCGGCAGUUUUUCACUUAUUAUCAAAUACUAAUUUGGAAGGGAAAAAUAAAAUUCGGAUUAUGGCAGAUGGAUGUGGAUCCCAAAACAAAAAUAGUACAAUGAUAGCAAUGUGUGCAUUUUGGCUGACCACCUCUGCCCCAAAAGAAAUCAAAAUAGUUGAGUUGAUUUUUCCUGUUCCCGGCCAUUCUUUUAUGCCUGCAGACCGAAUUUUUGGGCUAAUAGAAAAAGAAAUUAAAAAUAAGGAGCAAAUCAUUCACCCAACAGAGUAUCAUGAAAUUUAUUCUAAAUAUGGGAUAAUUAAUCAUCUCAGUAGAGACGUUCCAGUAAAAGAUUGGAAAAGUUUUGCUAAUGACACAAUGAAACCACCAGGUCAGUAUCACUUUCGGUUUGCAGAAUGCAAACGAUACUAUUUAUCACGAGUUAAAAAUAAGCCAGGUCGUUUCUUGAUGCGUGGUGAAGUAAAUUAUAAAACAGAUCUUGGGGUGGCAAAAAGCAUAAUAAAACGUGAUGUGUCCAGUAUAUCUGAUUAUGAUGUUCGAGAUAUACCACCUUUUCAGGUGAAUAUGAGUACAUUGAAGAUAACUGACGUUGAAAAGUUGUUAACAAAACACUUUGGUGGCAACUGGCAGUCCAAUGAACAGCUUUCAUUUAAUAAAAAUAUACUAGAAACAAAUUCCGAUGGUGGUGUUAAUGUUGAGCAAAGCGAUGAACCAUGUGAGCAUCUAGAAGAAGCGCCGGCAGAAGAUAGACAGGUCACCGAAGGUCAAGCCGAAGGCACAGAACUGAAAUAUGACCGUUUUCCACCCCGGAGCGAGGAAAACGAUUAUUACAGGUCUUGCCGAGGCUUGACCGAAGGCCUAGCCGGCUCUUCCGAGCAAGUUACUGACGGAAGCCAGCCGACGCCACGCGCGCGGGGUGAGCGCGUCCCCUCAUCCCGCGCCCGCUCGCAGAACACGACACAAGACAUAAGAGGCGUCUGUAGCCACGACGCAGAGCAUGGAACAAAACGGGACUGA